AUGACAUCUACCUACUUCGACAGUGCCGUGGAUGCUCACGUCGGAAGCCAGCUGCUCAACUCUGUGAUUGGACCCGAAGGAAUGCUCCACAACAAGACCCGCAUCCUGGUGACGAAUGAGCUGUCGUUAUUGGAAAAGACGGAUCUGAUCAUGGCGAUGAAGGAUGGACGGAUUGAGUUUGAGGGAAAGUACGAAGAGCUAAUGCAAUAAGAUGCUUUCGAGCAAUUGCUGAUCGAGUGUGAGCAAGUGGACCAGAAGCGACGUGAAAGCCGCCCUUUCAGCUGACGACGACGAUGACACCUCGGAGCCAGGAGGCAUCAUGACUGAAGGAGAUGCGGACUUUGAGUACCAUGAUGAUGUGAUGGCGUCGGGAAACAGUAUUGGAGUCCGUCUGGGAGUGUACGCUGGCCUCGUAUUCUUGGAAAGUGAGUUUUCCCGCCACGUGCGUCCUCAGAAAGUCAUUCUUUCUUUUCAGUUAUCGUUCUCUUCAUCGGAAUGCUGUCCCUGCUUAACGGAGGAGUAUCGGCUUUGAGAAACCUGCACGCCCGCUGA